UGCUAGGAAAGGUGGGGAUCACAGAUUGGUCUUAUCGUAGCCCCGUGUAAAUUAUAACGUUCCAAGGGCUGAUGUAAAUCCGCUGAAAAUCCGAAUUUCUCAAGAAAUGAAACUUGAAUUUCAAAAUCAAAUACUUCGUUGAAAUUUUAUCUCGUUUUUCAAAUUGAAAACUAAAAUUAAAAGCUUUAAUAAUCGGUAGAACGAAUUGGAAUUUCCAAAAUAUGUAUAUUUUAUCAAAAAUCGCUCGAAAUUUUCAAAUCCAGUAUCAAUCAUCUAUAUUAACUUCAAAGACAUUUUGCUAAUAAUAAGUGACAUUGGAUCCUUCCAAUACUGAAAUGUGUGAUGCAUACAAAUUUUCUUUUCUCCAUCUUUCAUUGAUGAAUUUGAUUUUUUUUAAGAAGAUUGCUAGAUUUCCAGUAAAAUUCCAGACCGGAAAUGCAGCGAUUUAUAUUGAAGGUGGCUGCAUGAAAAGUUUGCUAUGUCAUGAAAAAGCUGCAGCACGAAAAAAAAUUUCAAACCUUUUGAUGUGUUAAAACAAAUUCGAUAAGUCAACUUCAUUAUCGUGACGUCAUACUCGUUGCUAUCCCCUACCAUCGAUCGGCGUACAUACCUGCGAAAAAGCUCGGCUGUCGUCUGCUUCUCAAGCUUGCGUGCUGCAGUCUUCUGCUAGCUGCAACGAACCGCGUGAGAUUAGGUCUGUGUUGUGCUUUCGACUAGUGCCGCUGAAUGAAUGGACCACAUUUUCUCUUUGAGGAAAAAUUGUCACAUGUAGUUGAUUGUCUUGACAAUGAUGCACAGCGGUGAUGGCAACGAUAAAGAUCACCCGACAUCGGUGAAACAUGUUUUUCUCACAUCUUUGGUCUCAGGAGCAGCUGCAGGUGUUUUUUGCGAUGUAGUCUUUUUUCCUUUGGACACCUUAAAAACGAGGCUGCAGAGUCAACAUGGAUUUGAAAAAUCUGGAGGAUUUCGACAAAUUUACAAGGGUAUUACUCCAGUUAUCAUUGGCUCUGCUCCAGCAGCUGCACUUUUUUUCGUGACUUAUGAUGGUAUAAAACACUUGGUGCAGCCAAAUUUGCCAUCCCAGUAUCAUUCUGUAAUGCACAUGGCAGCUGCAUCAUGUGCAGAAAUGGUUGCAUGUUUGAUUCGUGUACCAGUGGAAGUAGUUAAACAAAGAAAACAAGCAUUACUGGCUGAUUCAGAACGUUUAAAACUUAGAGUGUUAUUCCGUGGCUAUGGUAGUACAGUGCUUCGAGAUUUACCAUUUGGAUUGUUACAAAUGCCUUUGUGGGAAUAUUUUAAAUUAAGCUGGACUGAUAGAGUAAAAAGAGAGUGUACACCUGUUGAAAGUGCUGCUUGUGGUGCUUUAUCGGUGGCUAUAUCAGCAGCAGUCACAACACCUCUUGAUGUUGCCAAAACAAGAAUUAUGCUUUCAUCAACAUCAGCUGAUAAGAAAGAAGUUCGUAUAUCAACUAUGCUGAUAGAAGUUUACAAACUUCAUGGUGUUAGAGGAUUAUUCAAAGGAAUAAGUCCUAGAGUUGGUGGUUUUACAAUGGGUGGAUUUGUAUUUUUUGGAGUUUACGAAAGAGUACGUAACUUUUGUAAUGAGGAAUUUCAAGACCAAUCCUAGUUCUCAAUAAAUCAGUUAUUCUAUUACAUCUCAGCAUUUUGGCUCAAAAAGUUUAAAUAUAUUCUAUCAUUUUAUUUACAUAAUCCUUAAAUUUUAAUAAUGUAAAUACAAUUGUAAACAAAAAAGGCACAAAUGUUUUGAGUACUUGAGGAUCGGUGAGAAUGUGAUCUUUUUCUAUUAACUCGCGCCUUUUAGGUAAAGAUUUUAUUGUAUAGUGGAACGCGGCUGCAUUUUCUAAACAAUGUCAAUUUUUACUAAAAAAUUGUAAAAUACAAUUAUUGCUACCGUACUUAUUACGGAAUUUGUGACUUCAUAUAAAACACAAAUGCAUUUAAUAAGAUAUCUCAAGGUACAAAAAUAUAGAUAUCAAUGCUGCAUAUUUUUUUAAACAUGCACCAAAUUUAUGAAAGUACAUAAACUAUAUAGAAAGUAUUAUUCAUAAAAAGUUUACGAACGCGUGCUAUAAAGUUUCCUAUUUUCAUGUUCUUUGAUAUUUUAAUAUUAAAUAUUUAAUGUACAGAAUUUUUCUUGACACUCAGAUAAUAAUUAUUAAAAAUAGUCA